AUGGUCAAAGUACUGACAUUUACAACACUACUGGAACACAGCUGGACUGAUGUGACCAAAGCCAUUUGGCAAAAAUAUCCAAAUCCAUUUGCAUCGCAUGUUCAAUCAGCCGAUAUUAUUGAACAGCGUAUUGACCCAGAAACAGGCAUAUUACAUACUACUCGUCUUUUUUUGAAAAAAGGAAACCUGCCAAAAUGGGGCCAUCAUUUGAUGAAUGCACCAGAGGCUUUUAUUUUAGAAAAAUCUGCAGUUGAUCCAGUCAACAAAACAAUGACCACUGUCACACGGAAUUUGUCCCACGUUAAACUCAUGUUUGUAGAGGAAACUCAAACCGUUAGACCAGAUCCAAAUAACCCAAAAUGGACUCAAAUGAUGACAGAUGCGAGAAUCAUUUCAAAUACUGCAUUGAUCCCGUUUAGAGCCAGAAUUGAGAAAUUUGGUUUAAAUCGGUUCAAGGCAAAUGCAAUGAAUAGCACAAAGGGAUUAAUACACGUUAUUGAGCAAAUCACACAAAACAAGCCAAUUCUUUAA